AAAUCGGGCAAAAAAGUGUAAUAAAUUGAGGACCGGAGAGGGGAGGAGGUCUCGCUGAGGCACAAAGAAUCCCAUUUUAUAAACUCGCUCAGUCCCGCCUCCUGCCCACUCUAUCUCGCAUUCCCAUUGGUCAGCGCGUGGAUGCUCUUUUAUACCAUUGGUUGUUCAAGAUGUCCGUUUGCGUUCUCCAGAGCAGCUGAACUUCACUGAAGCCGAUCUUCAGCGAUAUUGGAAACUGAUCAAACUUGGGAUGGCACCCACUACGGAGUCGAGACUGAAUGUGGAGGCUUUGAGUAAAAGAGAUGUUUUGCUUCUCUUCAGUGUAUUGGAAGGGGAGCUGGAAGCUCGAGACUUUGUCAUACAGGCACUUAAGGCCCAGCACAGAGAUGCCUUCAUGUGGGAGCGAUAUGGAAAAUACAGCCUGAGCGAUCCAUUCCUGGCCCUGCAGAGGGAUAGUGAGAUCCACCAGAACUCGGGUCAUGGCGGAGGAGUUUCGGGAAGAUCGGCGGCUCGCUCGGACCCUCUGGCGGUGCUGAAGCUGGUGGUAGGACACUGCAGAAGGAUGCAAGAGAAGAUGCUGAAACAGCUGGCAGCUGCAGAGGGCAGACAUCGGAGGGUCAUUGCUGAUCUAGAGGAGGAGAAGAGAAAGCAUGCUGAAGAUACUGCUGAAGGAGAUGACGUCACGUACAUUCUCGAGAAGGAGAGAGAGCGCCUCCUACAGCAGUUGGAGUUUGAGAAGGCAAAGACGUCUCGUAUCGAGCGGGAGAACAAACGACUGCACGAUCAGUUAGAAGACCAACGCGUCCAGCAUAAACAUCUCGUUACGGCACUGAGUCGAGAAUGCAAACGGUCCGGCUCCCGCGCCCACGAGGAGUCCCAGCGCGCCACCGAAUUCUGCCAUCGCGCCACCCUCGCCAAUCAGGCUCUGAAGGUGGAGUUGGAGGAGGAGAGGAAGCGAGCUAUGCAAAUGGAAGCGAGGAGGGAGGAGCUACUUGCCGAGUUUGACACGGAGCGAGAGCAGCUCAGUCUGAGGUUACGUAAGGAGGAGGCGCGCUCCAGGGAGCUGCAGGAGGAGGUGGAGAGGUUGAGGAGAGAGAUGAGCGGUGAAGCUAUUGAAACGGGUGAGUGGAAAGCGAACAAGAUGAACGGAAACCACGUGCCUACAGAAGAUGCUGAGAAGCAGAGAAUGGAGGACUUACUAGAAAACCAAUUAACCAAUGGGUGCUCUCCGUCCAAACUGCAAGCCCCUUCUAACAACAACACAGAGAUGUGUUCAGUACAAAGUCUUUUAUCAAUGCAAUCCACAGACACGCCCAGCCUCCAAGCGGCGUACCAAGCGGGCAUCCAUCAGCGCUUUCACGCAACACGGCACAAAUUCCAAGGCACCUUCGAUCAAGACACCCAGGUCCCUGCUUCUCCUCCUCACGGUGCACGUGAGCUUUCUCCCUGCGCCGCCCAUGCGUCAGAUCUGCCAGACGUCAGUGGUGCGUCUUCUAAACAUGCGGCUCGCAAUGCGGUCACACAAGCCCUGAGUCGCCUGGGUGCUCACCAUGGUUCUGGCAAACCAGCUGCACCCAACAGUUCCCCCUUUGGCACGGAUUACCGCACUUUAUCCGGUGCGAUGUCCCCGACUAUGACUAUCAGGUCUCCAACCAGUCCCAGAGCAGAAAGAGGGACCCCGCCCCCAAUCCCACCCAAGAAGCCUGGCCUCGCCGAGACUCCGCCCUCUCCGGCCACUCUUCGAGCCGCUCGCUUGGCCCAAAUGUCGCCCGGAUGCGGACGUAGCAGCAGCCAUGAAAGCAGCAAUGAACCAGACCUUGUGCUGUCGUCUAGUGGAUAACAA